AUGUCAAUAUUCAAUCGAAUAAAAUUAGGAAUAUUUAUUCCAUUUCAAAUUCCAUCAAUAAUUUGUCACAUAUUUUUAAUUUAUCAUCUUAUAUUUAAUCGACAACUACGACAUGCUCUACAAAAUCAUGUUAUAUUAAUAUUUUUAAUAACCAAUUGUUUAUUAAUAACAAUUGAUCUAUCAAUGGCAUAUUAUUUUCUUAAUAAUAAUCUUAUCAAAGAAAAUAAUUUAAAUUUUUGUCUAGCAUGGAAUUUUAUUAAUUCAUUUUUAUCAAAUUUAUCAGUAUUUUUAAUGAUGUGGGCAUCAUUUGAAUGUCAUUUAUUUAUUUUUUAUGAUCGUCAAAUAUUUAAUAACAAAUUAAAACGUUUUAUCUUUCAUUAUAUUCCAAUAAUAAUAUUAAUUAUUUAUACAUUGAUUUUCUAUUUUAUUACUAUUAUUAUUAGUCCAUUUUGUUCAAAUAUUGAACAUUUUGAUUAUAAUGAAGUAUUUUGUCAUCGAGCAUGUUAUAUACAUCAUGUUAUAAUUUUAUCAUCAAUAGAUUUAUUAAUUCAUAAAAUUUUAUGUUCAAUACUUAUAUUUUCUUUUAGCUUAUUUUUAUUGAUACGUAUUGUUUAUAAAAAGAAACAACGCAAUCAAAUUAUAAGAUGGCAUAGACAUAAAAGAAUGACAAUACAAAUUAUAUCUAUAUCAACAUUAUACUUUAUUGGAAUAUUACCAAGUGCAAUUGCAGAGUCAUUGCAUAUAUUUGUAAAAAGUAAUUAUGAUGGCGGAGAAUCUGUGAUACAAGACGAACUCUUUUUAUAUCUAUUUUAUUUGACUUCUUUAAUUAUACCUUUUAUUUCUUUGAUGAGUUUCCCAGAAGUUUAUCAAAAAUUACGUUUUUUACUUUGUUUAAAACGACGAACAAAUACAAUAUCAAAAGUAACGUAUUCAGUACGUCGAAAUCAAGUAGAUAUUCCUGUUUUAAAUAUAAAAAAAUCAACAAUCAAGCCAAUUUGA